AUGUCAUCGUACACGGACGACGCGUUUGAAUGUGAGUCACCACAUGCUAUUUUAGCCAGCAGCAGCGGGUUACGACCAGAGCAACGGAGCGACGUACCAGCAGGAUCGUCUUCAUACGUGGUAAUGGACAAUAUUGAUCGUCAAUGCAUGGACAAUGUGAGUGACAAGGAUAAUUACGACGAUAUGGUGUACAAAGACUUGGCUCAGCCACGACCCGAGAUUAUUCUUCGAUGGAAGCGGUUUACCGUGCUUGUGGUUCUUUUGGCUGCCGUCAUGUCGACUGUUGCCGUAUGGCUACGCGAGGGUUUUGUAGUGGACAAAGGCGUCCCUGUUAGCAAAGCAGAGAACGAGGCAGACACUGUCAACUCAUACAUUGGUCUCAUGAUGGGCUUUAUUGAAUCCAUUGUUGGUCUCGGGGUAGAGGAGAUUUUUCCUGUAUUUAUCGUGUAUCUACACAACCUAAGGUGGUACCCAGGAGACGAUCCUGCAACUAAGAAGCAGAGCAAGUUUAAAAAGUUUGCGCUCACAAUUUUUAUCCCUGCAGUCAUGAUGGCGGUGGGUGCCUCGCUCUCGGCAGUCCAAGCUAACCAAAAAGACGACAAUGCACAAAGUAGUCCUUCGAUAGUAAGCUCUGCGACCACGACGAGGUUCUUGAUGGAGGAACAAAAUGAGUUUAGUAAUAGUGGACUGGGAAACACCAUCUUGAAGACGGCGUUGAUCCGGAAGGUGGAGCCAAUGCCGCCACUGGAGCAAUCCCGGUGCAGUUACGAUGAGGCAGACCAGUUUUUAGCGGAGGCGCUGCGUGCGGCAGCUCCGAAAGCUGUUUUUGGAUUUCCUUUGAAAGAAUGGAGUUUGGAGUUUGGGAAUGGCUGGCUGCGUGGAGAAACGUUGAAGCACUAUGGUAUUUCGCAGACGGUUGGUGAAAAUGUGGAUAGGGUUGUGCAACCACAUGAUGCUAUGCUGCUUGCUACAGCUCACGAGUUAUGGCUGCACGGAAAUUCCAUUUUGCUAAAGAGUAUGCAAGCUUCCAGUAGCAGCCAAAAAGUCAUGAUGCCAUCGAGCUUUGACGAAUUUUCGAGUAGCGUGUUGAAAUCUCUAUCUGACAUGGACAUUCCUUUAGCUCAAACUGCUGCUCUCAACAUUUCGUUCACUACGUUGGAGCUGAGUUCUUUGAUGCGUUUUGAAGCCAUGACUCUAACAGUACCGCUGCCCAGUCCAAAGAAUGCAUCUAUUGUGUGUGGUGAAAGCAAUUGUGCGUUAUUGCAGAAGCAUCAGCUGAAUCAUGGACUGCGACUACCCCGCAAGCAAAUUGGAAUCUCGCAGCUGCAUGGCAAUGGCUCGCGUUCGGCAAAAUGUGACAGGAUUUCUAAUGCGGCAUUUGUAUAUGGGUUCACGGUCGUGACUACCGUUGAGAGGGCAAUGCUUGCUCCUACGCGGUCGUUAGUUCUGUCGUUUGGGCGUCUAUCGUGGAGAUUUGACAAAUCUGCGUACGCUUGCGAGUCUGGAGCUGAUCAGGAAGAAGGUUGUCAAGUGUUGCAUCAUCAGCUUGGCGACAGCAAUCGUCGCUUAGUCCUACCGAAGCAUUGGCUACCAGCUCAACUUCAAACUAGAAGAACUGGCGGCUGGGCUGUUUCGCUUGUACAGCUACUGGAGCCGAAGAUCAGACAAUCGUUUGGACAAGAAGCCUCAUUUGCGACAUUGGAUUAUCUAGAAUCGUGGCCUCUAGGCAGAAUUCGAGCCUGCUCUAUGGCUGUAGACACAUAUCUUCAGUAUGUGAACAGCAAUCACUUUUACAUCGGUGACGAUAUUGUGGAGACGAUGGCAGCAUCUGCGCUGCUGUUUAUUUUCCAAAACGCUCGGGUUCUGGAUAGCGCGCUAGGCGUGAUGGUCCAACGGCGUCUUGUUGAGACAACACCACGCCGAGUGAGAGUCUUUUUGACAAAUACUAAGGUAGGCAACAUAUGUACAUGGACGGGAUGCGGAUUGCUGCUGCUUCUCACCGCCUUGGUUCUCGUGUUACCGAACGAGCGCGCUCGCCUUUCACCUCCGCGUGGAGGCAAUGCACGUGCUGAGAGGUUUGUUGCUGUGCAGACGGAACAGGUAUACCCAAAUCUAAUCUACAAAAAGCGCUUUCUGAUUGGGAAAACUGGCGAGGAGAUCAAGUUUGGCGAGUUUGCCGUCGAGUCUGUUGGGCUCCACCACGAAAUGGAUGAGGACGAGCAGAUUUACAUUUGA